AUGCCAGAGUCAACUGGUACGGGCGCCGGCCGCGGCACUGCCGCGAGGCAGGAAGAAGGUGGAAAGUCCAUGAUUCAAACCGUCCUUCAAGGACUGGCCAUUUUCAUGCUCACACAAUUUGUCGUAAACCAGUUUUUCGGCUCGAAGACGCAGUCUGGUGAUUCUGCUCCCAAAGCAACGGCCAACUUUGAAGACCGGGCCGAUGUCACUGCCCUGACGAAUUACUCCGCGAUCCCAUACAACAUCGCACCAGUAUGGCCUGAGGGCAGCACUGUCGACAUCCAAGUGUACGUGUCGCCGGAUGCCUCUGUCUCCCGCCUGUCCGAUCAGGCAAAAAACACUCUUGUGUUGGAUGAGAAGAACUUCCAGAUUGGAAAUUACAAGGAGAACAGAGAGAUCCACACGAAUAUCGCCAUCCCGAAAGAGGUGCAACAUAACGGAACACUAUGGGCACAUUUUCUGGUUGCGCUGGCUGGCAAUCAAUUGGACCCUACAGCGGCUAACUUCGACCCUGCCAAAGCAUACCACUUUAGCAAGCCUCUGAAUCACUACAUCCCAAAGAAGAAAGUGCGCAAACUGAAGAACUUGCUCGACAAAAGCGAUGGAACCGACGAGGAUUCCGAAGAGCCACAAGGUGUGCAGAUUGGGUCAUUCUACCACCCUAAUUUUACCAUGGCUGUCAUACCCAAUGCGGGCGUCCAGAACUGGCGACAAAUGCACCCGGCGCUUCGCAAAAAUAUUGUCCUCGAACAAACUGGCGCCCGAGAUGCGUCUGGCAUGAACGGAUGGUACUACCCGGUCAUUUUCUUGAACACCUUCUGGCAGCUUCGCUCUCAUAUGACCGAGCUCAACGACACUGUCACCGAAAUGCCGCUGAACAUCAACCUGUACAACAUGGUCAACUGGCAAUACAGCAUGCUUGCGAGCAUUGACGAAGGCAUGAAGCAGAACCAACAACAAGCUGCUUCUGGAGGUCCGAUGCCUGCCAGUGGAGACGGCAGUGAAUUUGAGAAAUUCAAAGAAAUCCUGCUCGACACCAACUCCUACCUGCUUGGCACGACCUUCGUGGUCAGCAUCUUGCAUAUGCUCUUCGAAGGUCUUGCUUUCAAGAACGAUAUCGCCCACUGGCGCAAAAAGAAAGACAACGUGGGGACCUCAGUCCGGACCAUCUUGGCCAAUGUUUUCAUGCAGACCGUCAUCUUCUUAUACCUUGUCGACAACUCUGAAGGGACCUCCUGGAUGAUCUUGGCUGGUCAAGGCUUCGGGAUCCUCCUGGAAGCUUGGAAAAUUACAAAGAUGGUCAACGUGCGCCUGCGCGAACCUGGGCCGGACUCGUCUUUUAAGUUUCUUCCUUACGUCGUGGUGUUCGAGGACAAGCACAAGCUCUCGGAGACGGAAAAGAAGACUCAGGAGUACGACCAAAUCGCUUUCAGAUACCUCUACAUUAUGGCGGUGCCUCUCCUGCUCGCUUAUGCGGUCUACUCCCUCGUCUAUGAGACGCACAAGUCAUGGUACAGCUUCGUUAUUGAGACACUCGUCGGAUCGGUGUACGCUUAUGGUUUCUUAAUGAUGGUGCCUAGCUUGUACAUCAACUACCGACUCAAGUCUGUUGCACAUAUGCCCAGCAAGGCACUCACCUACAAGUUCUUGAACACGUUUAUUGACGACCUAUUCGCCUUCACCAUUCGCAUGCCCUUCCUCCACCGUCUCGCCACUUUGCGCGACGACGUCAUCUUCUUUGUCUGGCUGUAUCAGAAAUGGGCGUACAAGGUCGACUACACUCGGGUCAAUGAAUUUGGUCAGGGUGGCGAAAGCGAGGAUGAGGACGAAGGAAAGGCUGAUGAGAAGCCCAAAGGCCUGGAGGGCCAAGAUACCAAGGAAUUGAAGCCAACCGCUCCUGUUGCGAAUGCCAGUGGCACAGAGGCCAAGGCUGGUGCGAAGAAGAGAAAGUAG